AUGGCAGCCGAAGGCCCAGUGCUCAAAACCCCCCGCCGGUUCCUGUUCAUCGCCUCACUAGGCAAUAUGCGCCCGUACCGUCAAACGCGGCACAGCGCCGGGCAUAUCCUCCUCGAUGCGCUUGUCCCCCUCCUCCCCACGCGAGUCCCUCUGGUAUCCUCCAGACAGCCAUCAGCCGGUCCCAUCUUCUACAAAACAUGGUACAGCCCAUCGUACAUGAACGAAUCCGGGCCAAAGUUGGUCCGACAGCUAAGUAGCUGGUUAUCCACAACACAAUCCGAGGUAUUAGGGCGAGUAGUCCGCCAAGGGGACGUCGCUUUGCCCGCGAACUUCGGCGAUGCAUCUGCUGCGAAUGCCGAAUGGCAGCUUCGGGGCGUUGAUCCCCGCUCGCUGAAGAGUUUCCGACCGACGUUGGUAAUCUUGCAUGAUGAGCUCGAAGCACCGUUGGGCAAAGUAAGGGUGAAAAGGGGCGGGCCUGAGAAAGCAAGUCUGCGCGGUCAUCGUGGUUUGAUCAGUGUCAUGGAGAGUUUGCGCGGCAAGGGCCUGUAUCCAGCGCGGACAGGGCAGACGGCGCAAGGAGCAAAUGCUGGCCUGUCCAUUCUGCGUGUAGGCGUGGGCAUUGGCCGUCCUUCGACGCGAACCCGAAAUGAUGUUGCGGACUAUGUCCUGACUGAAAUGAACGCCUCCGAACUGGCUGCAGUCCGUGCAGCUGCGGUCUCAGUCUUGGACAUUCUGGCAGAUGAGCUCUAUCGAGAAUCAAACGAUGACUGA